GUCACAACAAGGUACCUACUAAUAUGUCAGUCAUCAAUACUACUAAUCGUAAUUACCGGUUUCUGAUACGGUUGUCCUUCACUAGUGACAAAGUGUCAAAAUUUCUUUUACGGUUUCUUUUCUGUCAAAAUAGGCAAAAGGUAGCGGCUCAAGAUGUUGAUGCCAAAGCAGAACCGUGUUGCUAUUUAUGAAUUCCUCUUCAAAGAGGGAGUCAUGGUAGCCAAAAAGGACUACCAUGCCCCCAAGCACCCGGACUUGGAAAAGAUUCCCAACCUCCAAGUGAUCAAAGCUAUGCAGUCUCUUAAAUCCAGAGGUUAUGUCAAGGAACAGUUUGCAUGGAGGCAUUUCUACUGGUACCUCACCAACGAGGGUAUUGAAUACCUGCGCAGUUUCCUCCACCUGCCCCCCGAAAUCGUGCCGUCGACCCUGAAGCGGUCCGUCCGCACCGAGACCGUCCGCCGCGGCGCCGUCGGCCGCAGCGACGCCCCCGCCCGCGCGCCCGAGGACCGCUCCGCCUACCGCAGGGCUCCCCAGGCCCCGGCCGCACACGACAAGAAGGCUGAUGUCGGACCCGGAUCAGCUGAUGUUGAAUUCAGAGGAGGUUUCGGACGAGGCAGGCCCGCUGCACCCUAAAUAAGUUUACAAUAAAAACAUAACCUAA